AUGGGGGACCAGAAACCGGUGCUACAAGUGCAGUUGAAUGUGGACGAUAUUAUGAAGGAGACUGUCACACUUAUCAAAGCAGUGCGGGAGGAAAUUGAAAUCGUCUCGAAUGCUGUGAACCUGCACAUGAAUGAGAGUAUUGAUGGGGUAAGUCGAUGGCAACAGCCUUUAAAAAUAAGUUCCUAAAUUGGCCAAAUUAUCAUCGUUGCCCAGCAUCAUUAAUUCCUUUUUAGGCGAUCAGGAACGUUGCCAAGAUCGUCGGCGAUGUGGAGACCAUCACCAAGAACAUGGCCAUCACCACCAACGCUUUCUAUCAGCCAGUUCUUUUAUUUAUGUCCCUCCUCAUCCUAGUGCUCCUACUUUUAUCCAUCUUACUGUUCUGUAUGUUGCGAACUCGAAGAGAGUACAAAAAACAGCCCAUUAAACUGAAGUUCCGCAAACGGAGGGGACGAACAGCGACACGGAGGGUACCUGAACAUACGUCAACAGAGACGAUAAAUGAGGAAGCGCAGCCUCCGGGGUAUGGGACUACUGCCAAACGGAAGAAUGACACUUUGGUGUAG